AUGGCCGAACGUGGUGAACAUACAAAAGAUCCUAACGCUCCACCAGAACCUGUAUUGGAGGUACGACUUUCUGUUUGUAGAUUUAUUUCCUGGCAAUGAAUUAAAAAAUGAGAGAAAUGGUUUCAGGUGCCGCCACCGCAGGAAAUCCGCGUUCUUGAAACUGCUGAUGACAUCCAGGUUGAUCCUAUCUCAAAGUGCCAGGGAAUAUUUUCUGAUUUUGCAGCAUCGACGUCAAGAAGUCUUGGGUCAUUAUUCCCAAUUUAAAGAUUACGCUAAGAACAAAAGAGAUCGACUAGAAGAGGCUCGCCAAUUCCAAUAUUUCAAAAGGUUAGCAUUCUUCUCCUUUCUGUCGACAUACAAGGAGGUUUCAGAGAUGCUGAUGAGCUUGAAGUUUGGAUUCUUGAAAAACUUCAGACCGCUCAAGAAGAAAAUUUCCGUGAUCCUACCAACCUCCAGGUUCGUUAGAGAUGUCGUUCGAAAAAAAGAUCUUUUGUGUAUGAAAAAAAAGUCAAGAUGGGUACGAGUAGUUUCGGAGCAGGGAGGUCAUGUCGGCGGCAUAUCGAUUUUCUGCCUCGCCAUUCUUUCCGUUUUGCUUGCAGCUCCCUCAAAUGAAAAAGGAGGCCCCCCGCUUUGGGAGUUGAGAAGCUUUUCCUUGGACGGCGCACUUCUGGCCCCGACAAACCAAAUUAGGCAUUGUGGGGUCCUCAAAAGCUGUCAAUAAAACUCAUCUGAAUGAGAAUGAAAUCCGGUUAUACGAAAUGAAAACAGGAAUAUAUAAAGUUUUUUUCUAGGAUGCAUAAACUAUGUUUCCGGUAUAAUAACUAGUCUCUGAAAUAUUUAUUAAAAAGAAAAUUUAUUUGAAUAAUUAAGUGAAAAAUCUAUAUUUUGAAACAGAUCGGUUGAAAAUCAAAAGAAAAACAAGGUUUUUAGUUUAAAUGAGAAAACAACUUUUUUUCAUCUUUUUUCCAAACCUCAACCAAUUUUUUUUCUGUGUAAUAACCCCAUGAACGGCUCUGUGCGUGGGGUCCCAAAUUUUGAAUCAGCAAGGCUUUCUUUGUCGCCCGACGCUGCGUCGUAUCACUAGCGCCGUUUUGUGUGCACUUUGAGUCUCUAACAGAAAAUUCUGCGCUUUUUUCUCUCUUCUCAUCACAACUGGUUCGGAACGCAGUCGAGCAGAACGACCAGCGUGUAAGCCGAUAUGGGCGCUCAGAGCAAGAUGUAAACGAUGAUACUUUCAAAAAACCAAAAAUGAUGAAUCUGAAACUGGAGACUGAAGAGUAUCUCAACCAAUUUUUCAUUUAGAAAUCAAAAAAUCAGAACGAAUUAUUCUCAAAUCUCAUUUUUUUUAUCUUUUUGUGUUCCAUACACUCUUUGAUGAUUAACGCAAAACGUCAUGAUGAAACUCCGGAAUGUCACUCUUUUCUGGGUAUCGAGAUAAGAGAAAAACUGUAUGAGGGUCGCGGCGACGAUAUUAUUUUGAUUGGCCUUGACACUUUGGCCGUGUUCGUCGGAGAUCCCACAAAACCUUUUCCGAUUAACCAUACGAUUGAGAAGGUCGCCAGAAAUGUACAAAUAAUUAUUGGUUAAGAAAUUUUUCCGAAGGGGAAAAAACUGAAGUGGAGAUUUCAAAAUUUGAAAUUUUUCCGUAAUUAGUCUUUUAGUAGUUAUACCUGCUCACGCGCUUCCAGCAGUUUAUAAAAAAAUCGACGCUUUAAAUUCAAAAAUUUAUUGACUUUCUAUUCAAAUUUCUGUUAUAUUUGAUAUUUAUUUUUCAAUAAAAAAAUUUUUUUCAUCUAUUGAAUUUUUUUAGGCAAAGAUCCAAAAAAACAUGAAGCGUUCGAAGCGGAAGUCCAAGCUCAUGCCAAAACCAUCGCUAGCUUGGAUAAAACUGGAAACGCCAUGAUUCAACACAAUCAUUUUGCAAGCGACGUUAUCAGAGUAAGUCCUACACAAAAAAAAGGCUACACUGAAAACCUCAUUCUACAGAAACGCCUUGAAGAACUCCACGCCUUGUGGGACAAACUUUUCUUCAAACUGAAGGACAAGGGAAUCAAACUGCAGCAAGCUCUGAAACUGCUCCAUUUUAUCCGCCAGUGCGACGAAGUGCUCUACUGGAUCCGAGAAAAAGUAUAAAAUCUGAAAAAAAAAUAAUGAUUUGAUGUUUUAGGAAACCUAUGUCACCGCAGAAGACAUGGGAAUGGACUUGGAGCACGUUGAAGUGCUUCAGAGAAAGUUUGACGAUUUUCUGAAAGAGCUUGGCAACCAUCAAUAUCGAAUCAACGAAAUCAACAGCGCAGCUGACAAACUUGUUGAGGAGGGCCACUCUGAACAUGAUCAGAUUUACAAGGUCUGAGAAAAAUUUUGAAAUACUCAUUGUCAUGAUGCAAAUUUUUAGAAGCGUGAUGACGUCAAUGAGGCUUGGCACAAGCUGAACACUUUGGCGGCAACUCGCAAAGAAGGACUGUAUGGAGCCCACCAAGUGCAGCGAUUCAAUCGCGAUGCUGAUGAAACUCUGGCGUGGAUUGGAGAGAAGGUUGAGAUAAUCUGACUUAAAAUCCAAGUCGUGGAGUUUACAGGACAGCGCUCUGUCAAGUGACGACUACGGCCGCGACCUGAACAAUGUUCAAGCGCUUCAGCGCAAACACGAAGGAACCGAACGCGACUUGGCUGCUUUGGAAGGAAAAAUGCAGCAACUCGAGAAAGAAGCUGUCAAGCUGGCUGAAACCCAUCCUGACCGCACCGAUGCGAUUCAACGAAAAAUGAACGACACGAAAGAUGCUUGGGACGCUCUCAAGCGAAAAGCUCAAGUAAAUUUGCAAUUACCCUAAGGAUCCAUUUCCAAUAACUUUUUCAGCACCGCAAAGAAGGUCUCGAACGCAGCUACCAGCUGCACCGUUUCCUGGCCGACUAUCGUGACCUGGUAUCUUGGAUCCAAGACAUGAAAGCCGUCAUUGCUGCUGAUGAGCUUGCCAAAGAUGUGGCAGGUGCUGAAGCCCUUCUAGAGAGCCAUCAAGAACACAAAGGCGAAAUUGAUGCUCGGUAUGAAAUUUUUAAAAAAUGAAAUGUAUUUGAAAUAUUUUUUCAGCGAGGACUCGUUCAAUCAGACAGCCAGUUCGGGUCAAAAACUUCUUGAGAUCGGCGUAGCUGAGAGCAACGAAGUCCGUGACAAACUCGAGCAACUCGCCCAGGAGAAGGCUGCUUUGCUGGGACUCUGGGAAGAGCGGCGCAUCUUGUACGAGCAGUGCAUGGACUUGCAACUGUUCUACCGUGACACUGAACAGGCGGAGACCUGGAUGAACAAACAAGUAAUUUUGAAUUUCUGCGGUUCCCUUCAAUUGAAAAAUAUUAUAGGAAGCUUUCUUGGCCAACACCGACCUUGGGGAUUCAUUGGAUUCGGUUGAACAUCUCAUCAAAAAACACGAAGACUUUGAAAAGUCGCUUGCCGCUCAAGAGGAGAAAAUCAACGCUCUUGACGAGUUUGCCACCAAGCUUAUCCAGGUGCUGAUUUUGGAAGUUCUGAAUGAAAAACUUAUAAAUUCCAGGGUCAGCACUACGCGGCUGAUGACGUCGCCAAAAGACGUGAAGCUCUUCUCGAUCGUCGCCGUCGCCUUUUGGACCGGGCUCGUCUGCGAGGAAACGCCCUCAAGGAAAGCUACAAACGUCAAACAUUCGACCGUGACUGUGAUGAGAUGGUCAGCUGGAUUACCGAGAAGCUGACGACGGCUAAGGACGAUUCCUACCUGGAUCCUACAAACAUCCGUGGAAAGCUCCAGAAACACAUCAACUUCGAACAGGAGCUCAAGGCUAACGAAAACCGCCUUGAUGACAUCCGCUCCACUGGCGACCAGAUCAUCAACAGCGGACACUUCGCUGCUGACCACGUUAGUCUGAAAUGAAAGAAUAAUCAACUAAUUAUGACCAAUCUACAGAUUGCUUCUCGUCUCCGUGACGUCAACAAUCUCUGGAACGAACUUGUCGACGCGACCAACAAGAAAGGCGCUAAAUUGCGUGAUGCUGGAAAUGAACAGCAGUUCAACCGAAACAUCGAAGACGUCGAGCUCUGGCUCAGCGAACUUGAAGGACAGGUAUUGAAAUAAAAAAAAAGAAAGCUGUCAUAAGGGAAUUUUAAGGUCGCUUCUGAGGACUACGGCAAAGACCUUGUUUCUGUGCAAAACCUGCAGAAGAAAAUGGGACUGUUGGAGAGCGAUUUCCAUGCACACAACGAUCGCAUCGAAGGAAUCAACAACUUGGUUAGAGCUCAUCAAGUUUCGGAGAUUAAUAUAAUAUUUUUUCAGGCCAAGCAGUUCGACAGAGAAGAGCAUUUCAACGCUCCAGUCAUUGUCCGAAAGCAGGAAGCUUUGCAAGGACGUUAUGAGGUAUAUACAGCUAUUAAGCUGAAAAAAUGAAAUUUAUAUUCAGAGCCUUCGCGAGCCUCUCGAAAAGCGCAAGAAGAAGCUCGGAGAGUCGCUCCAGGGUAACCAACUGUUCCGCGACAUCGAAGAUGAUUUGGCAUGGAUCCGCGAGAAAGAACAAGUCGCCGGCUCUACCAACCGAGGACGAGACCUCAUCGGAGUCCAGAACUUGAUCAAAAAACAACAAGCUCUGAUUGCCGAAAUCAAUAAUCACGAAAGCCAAAUCGACUAUCUCACUCGCCAGGCUACAGACAUGAUCCAAGACGUAAUUGAACUGCCAGGAAGAAAUAAAUAACCUGUUUUAACGUUAAGGGUCAUUUCCUCGCUCCUGAAAUCCGUGACAAGCUGGCUCAGCUACGUGACAACUGGAGAAUCUUGUUGACUAAAGCUGAAAAGAGACGCUUGGAACUUGAUGACUCUCUUCAAGUAGGAAACUAUUGCACGUGAUUUUCCAAAAUGAAUUUUCCAGGCCCACCAGUACUUGUCUGAUGCCAACGAAGCUGAAGCUUGGAUGAACGAGAAAGAACCAGUCGUUGGGUCCACGGACUACGGAAAAGACGAAGACAGUGCUGAAGCUCUACUCAAGGUGACCAGUUUAAAAUUCAAGCUCAAAAAAGAAUUUAAUUUCAGAAACACCGCGCUCUUCUUUCUGACCUGGAAGCUUUCAAGACCACCAUCGAGGACCUGCGCAAGCAGGCUUCUCAGUGCAAGUACCAAGAACAGCCGAUGGGACAACUUGGUACAUUUGAAUGAAGAAAAUCAGUACUUACGCAUUUUUACAGGACGUGACUGUGUUUUGGCCCUUUACGACUAUGUGGAAAAGUCUCCUCGUGAGGUCUCCAUGAAGAAAAACGACGUUUUGACUCUCCUGAACGCUUCGAACAAGGACUGGUGGAAGGUCGAAGUCAACGACCGUCAAGGAUUCGUUCCGGCCGCUUAUGUCAAGCGUAUUGAACCUGGAACCGCUCAACAACAUGCUCAACAACAGGUAGAAAACUUUAAAUGUUAAACAAUGAAUAAAUCUCUGAUAAAGGUCAACUCCAUCGGAGGAAAGCAAAGCGAGAUUGAGGACAAAUACCAACGUCUGAUGAUGCUUGGAGAGACUCGCAAGAGGUUGGAGUUUGAAGUUUCAACCAAAAAAACUUGGCUCGUUUAGAAAGCUCGAAGAAGCCUGCAAGGGAUACCAACUCCUCCGCGAAGCCAACGAUUUGGCCGAAUGGAUCAAGAGCCGAGUACGUCUGUCUCAUUUUCACUUUUUUCAUUUUAGAACACUCAUGCGCACUUUUUUCAGUGCUAUUAGUUUUAGGCACAAUUAACGAACUUUUUGCAGAGCAUGUUAGAAAUUAGAGAUAGUUUUUUGAGCGUUUUUCACAUGUGCGCUUUACCCUAUAUGUUUACUGUUUAGACAAACAUGGCAGAAGUAAGUUUACGCCACCGGCUGAGUUCCUUUUCAUUUUUAUGUUUUGUGCUGUCACUGUCUUUAUUUUUUGAGCAUCCUGUCAUUGUUGUGUUUUUUGUUAUUUUUUCAUUCUUUCUGUUGUUGAUAUCAGCAUCUAUGUCAUCAAAACCAUUGCAUGAAAAACUUGAAAAGGUUUAAUCGACACGUUUAGGAAGCCGUGGCUGCUCAACAAGAAAUUGGCACCGAUUUGGAGCAAGUCGAAGUUCUUCAAAAGAAGUUCGACGACUUCAAGGGUGAUCUCAAGGCCAAUGAAGUCCGCCUCCAAGAGAUGAACCAAAUUGGUAAGAAUCAGUUUUGAAAAAGAAAAUAUAGGAGAUUUUCCAGCCACUGCGCUUACUUCGGUUGGACAAACUGAAACCGCAGUUCGCAUUCGGCAGCAAAUCGAGGAUCUCAACGCCAGAUGGCGUGCUCUGGAAGAACAGACGGAGCAGCGUGAACAACAGCUUGGAUCUGCUCAUGAAGUCCAGCGUUUCCAUCGCGAUGUUGAUGAGACCCGUGACUGGAUCCAGGUAUCUAAGAGUUGAAAAAAAUUAAGAUAACUGGUAAAAUUUAGGAGAAAGACGAUGCCCUCGACAGUGACGACUUCGGUCGAGAUCUUCGUUCCGUUCAAGCUCUUCAGCGCAAACACGAGGGUGUGGAGCGCGACUUGGCGGCUCUGGGAGACAAAAUCAAGAGUCUCGACGAGAAGGCCAACCGCCUCCGUCAGUCUCAUCCUGAAGCCGCUGAACAGAUCUACGACCUGCAACGAGAGCUCAACGAACAGUGGAACAGACUUACCGCCAAGGCUAACAACCGCAAAGAGAAGCUUCUGGAUUCCUAUGACUACCAACGCUUCUUGUCUGACUUCCGCGACUUGAUGCAAUGGAUCGCAUCGAUGAGCCAACUAGUGAGCAGCCAGGAACUGGCAAAUGACGUCACUGGAGCUGAAGCGCUUCUGGAGCGUCACCAGGAAUACAGGUAGCUUCUUUCUCAAGUCUUUCAGUGGACAAUAAUUUUAAGAACGGAAAUCGAUUCCCGCGCCGCCACCUUCUUGGCAUUCGAUCAGUUUGGUCAUCAGCUUCUGAACAGCCGUCACUAUGCAUCUACGGACAUCAACAACCGUCUGCAAGACGUGUGCCAAAUGCUGAAAUUCAAACUGUUUCCAUUUGUGUUUUCAGGUAGCUGAUGCUCGCAAGGGACUGGAAGACGCUUGGGUGGCUCGCCGCAGCAUUCUCGACCAGUGCUUGGAGCUCCAGCUCUUCUACAGAGACUGCGAGCAAGCCGACACCUGGAUGUCCGCUCGUGAAGCUUUCCUUGCUUCGGAAGACCCAACUGGCGACAACGUCGAAUCGCUGAUCAAGAAACACGAAGACUUCGACAAGGCCAUCAACACACAAGAAGACAAGAUCAAGGGGCUCACGGUAUGAUUAGAAAAUUGUUUCACGUCCUAAACAUUAUGAAUAAGUUGCAAUUCUAAAUCUCAAAGUUGAACGUUUCAGACUUUCGCCAACUCGCUCAUCAGCCAAGGUCACUACGACGCUCCAGCGGUUGAGAAGAAGCGCGACAGCGUUCUGGACCGUUGGAACCGCCUGAAACAGGACUUGAUCCAACGCAGAAGCAAGCUUGGAGAGUCCCAGACCUUGCAACAGUUCAGCCGCGACGCCGAUGAAAUUGAGAACUGGAUUGCUGAGAAGUUCCAGGUAGACUUUCAAAGCUAAGAAAAAUACUAUUAUACUUUUACAGGUUGCUCAAGAGGAGAACUACCGCGACCCGACCAACAUCCAGCAGAAGCACCAGAAGCAGCAAGCUUUCGAAGCCGAACUUCACGCCAACUCGGACCGAAUCGCCGCCCUCAUCCAAGCCGGCAACAACUUGAUUGAGAACGCCAAGUGCGGAGGAGGCGAAGAUGCCGUCAGUGCUCGUCUGAAGGCGCUCAAUGACCAAUGGGAGCUCCUUGUCAAGACAACUUCCGAGAAGAGCUACCGUCUCAAGGAAGCAAACAAGCAGAAAAGUUUCAUGGCUGCCGUCAAAGACCUCGAGUUCUGGCUCGGAGAGGUUGAGAUCCUCCUCCAAUCCGACGACUACGGCAAGGACCUCGCGUCGGUCGAAAACUUGCUCAAGAAGCAUCAGCUUCUGGAGGCUGACAUCCUUUCCCAUCAAGACCGCGUCGGUGAAAUGAAUGACCAAGCCAAUUCUCUUCUCGACAACGACCAGUUCCAAGGACAGCAGAUUGCUGAGAGGCGCAAGGUUCGAUUUCUGAAAGCUGAAAGUUUUAUAUUGGUUAAUAAUUAAGGUUAUCACUGACCGUUACGACCGAGUGAAAGCUCUUGCUGCUGACAGACGCGAUAAACUGAGCAAGGCUCUCAAUGUCCACCAGUUCUUCCGCGACAUCGAUGAUGAGGAAUCAUGGAUCAAGUAUAAAAUGAAACAAAACCAUCUUGAAACGUUUUGAUUUGCAGAGAGAAGAAGCUUCUUGUGUCUUCUGACGACUAUGGCCGAGACCUUCCUGGUGUUCAGAACUUGCGGCGCAAGCACCGCCGUAUCGACACUGAAUUGGCUAGCCACGAACCUCAGGUAUCCGUUUCGGAAGGAAAAAAAAUAUUAAUUCAAUCUUCAGGUUUCUCUUGUUCGUCACAAGGGAGAGGAACUUCUCCGAUCGGCUGCUGAAGCUGGAAUCGGCGAGGACCAGAUCCGCAAACGCAUGCAAGACCUCGAAGAUAGCUGGGGACAAAUCAGAAAUCUCACUGGCAGCCGGUAAGUGAUAUUCCAAAGUUUUGUCUUUUAAAAAUCUUUAAAUUACAGCCACCAACGCUUGGGAGAGUCUGAACAGUUCCAAGAGUUCCUUGGAGACGUUGAAGAGGAGGAAGCUUGGAUGAAUGAGAAACAGCAGAUCCUGGGCUCUGACAACUACGGCGACAACAUGGCUGGCGUCCAAGGCCUGCUCAAGAAGCACGACACCUUCCAAGUUGACCUCGAGCUCCACAAGGAGCGUGUUGCUGAUCUCGUCAACCGUGGUGAUAAGGUAAGAAAUCUGUGCGUAUUUCAUGGAUAAUGGACGUUGUUCAGCUGAUCGCUGACGGAAAUCAUCACGCUCCUCACAUCAAGGCUCGUUGUGAACAACUGCGCAAGCGCCUUGUGGACAUUGAGAAGAUGGCUGGCAUUCGUCUAGGAAAACUUCGCGAUAACUCGGCUUACUUGCAAUUCAUGUGGAAGUGCGACGUUGUCGAAAGCUGGAUCGGUAUGUUAAACCUUCAGAAAAAAGUUUCAUCAAUAUUUUUAGGAGAAAAGGAACAACAAGUUCGAUCGGAAGACUUUGGACGAGAUCUGUCCUCGGUGCAAAUUCUGCUCACCAAACAGGAAGCUUUCGACGCUGGUCUCAACGCCUUCGAACAUGAAGGAAUUCAGAGGUGAACUUGUCAAACAAGGAAAAUUUCGAAGAUUUUUUUUAGAAUUACUGAGCUGAAGGAUCAGUUAGUGUCCAGCUCGCAUCAACAGAGUCCGGCCAUCGAAAAGAGACACGCUAACGUGAUUCAGCGUUGGCAGCAGCUUCUUUCGCACUCUGAGGCUCGCCGCCAAAAGUUGCUCAAGAUGCAGCAACAGUUCAAACAGAUCGAGGUAAAGAUUAACGAAAAUCAGAAAUACUAAUGUCGGAAAAACAGGAACUGUACUUGGCUUUUGCCAAGAAGGCGUCUACCUUCAACUCGUGGUUCGAAAACGCUGAGGAAGACUUGACAGACCCAGUCCGUUGCAAUUCUUUAGAGGAGAUCCGUGCUCUUAGGGACGCUCAUGCCGAAUUCCAGGUAGCAGAUUUUCUGUUGUUCUCCUACAAAUAAAGUUCUUCUGCAGCGCUCGUUGUCCUCUGCAGAAGAGGACUUCCGUCAGCUGCAAGAUCUUGAUCGUCGGAUCAAGUCCUUCAACGUUGGCCCCAACCCGUACACCUGGUUCACAAUGGAUGCUCUCGAAGAUACUUGGCGCAAUCUGCAACGAAUUAUCAAGGUUGACACAACUUUUUGGACGUGAGCUUCCAAUGUUCAACUUCCAGGAACGCGAGCAGGAACUUGGCAAAGAGCACACUCGCCAAGACGAAAACGACAAAUUGCGUCGCGAGUUUGCUAAACUGGCGAAUAACUUCCACAACUGGCUGACCAACACCCGCCAAGAGAUGAUGGAAGUCGGCGGCUCCCUCGAAGAACAACUCGACGCCGUCAAGAGAAAAGCCGUUGAAAUCCGAGGAAACAAGUCACAACUGCGGAAGAUUGAAGAACAUGGAGCUAUGCUGGAACGGAACCUCAUUCUCGACAACCGGUAUAUGCAACCAGACUUUCCUUCUUUCAGUUCAAAAUUUUACAGAUACACCGAACAUUCCACUGUCGGAAUCGCCCAGGCGUUUGAUCAACUGGAGCAGCUGGCGAUGCGAAUGCAGCACAACUUGGAGCAACAGAUUCAGGCUCGCAACCAGUCUGGAGUCACAGAAGAAGCCCUUCGCGAAUUCUCGAUGAUGUUCAAGCACUUCGACAAGGUGGACCUUCUGACUGUUUGAAAAAUUACAAAAAUCCUCUUGAGGACAAGUCUGGCCGACUCGACCACCAGCAAUUCAAGAGCUGUCUGCGGGCUCUUGGUUACGAUCUGCCGAUGGUCGACGAAGGACAGCCGGAACCCGAGUUUUCACGCAUCCUCGGUAUCGUUGAUCCCAACUUGUAAGUGGAGUGUGAGUGAAAAAAUUGACCUUUCAUUUUCAGGGAUGGUUACGUGACUCUGCAAGAGUACAUGGCGUUCAUGAUCAGCAAGGAAACUGAGAAUAUCCAAUCUUCUGAGGAGAUUGAGAUGGCUUUCCGUGCCUUGUCCAAGGAAUUCCGUCCUUAUGUCACUGCCGAAGAGCUUUACGCUGUCAGUUUUUUUUUUCUUAUUUGAGAUUCCUGUUUCAAACUCAGCGUCAAGGAUUUGAAAUAACUUAACUCUAUGAUUCAUACAAAAAUGAAUUUUCUAUCAUAAGGACUUCAAGGUAAUGUCCCAUAGAGAGCUAUACGUUUUUGUAGGUUCCAUGUAACCGCAAAAGACUGAGCUGAUUUUUUUUUGACAACAGAGUUUUCGAAUUUCCAAAAAUACGAGAGCAACCCAGGACUCGACAAAAUCAUAAAGAAGAUACAUAAAAAUCAACGAGAUUCCAGAACUUGACUCCCGAACAAGCCGAGUUCUGCAUAAAGCGAAUGAAGCCGUACACGGACGCCAUCUCGGGCCGAUCGAUCCAAGGAGGCCUGGACUACGAACAAUUCGUCCACUCCCUCUUCCACAGUUAA